CACUGGGCCGCUUGUGAGCAUCACACUGCCAGCGCAAGAGCUACUGGAGAGUUCUCUUUAUUUCUGGAGACUCCGGGAGUGCCUCUCCCACCGCUGGGAGCGAGUGAACGGAGCCUUGGGGAAGAGCCCACUGCUGGAAGGACCGUGGGAGGAGAUGCCUGGGAGCCAGCUCUAAGUUGUACAAUGGUGGAUGGAGUGAUGAUCCUUCCUGUGCUUGUGAUGAUUGCGUUCCCUUCCCCUAGUAUGGAAGACGAGAAGCCCAAGGUAAACCCCAGACUUUACAUGUGUGUGUGUGAAGGCCUCUCCUGUGGGAACGAGGACCACUGUGAAGGCCAGCAGUGCUUUUCCUCGCUGAGCAUAAAUGAUGGCUUCCACGUCUACCAGAAAGGCUGCUUCCAGGUCUACGAGCAGGGGAAGAUGACCUGUAAGACCCCGCCGUCACCUGGCCAGGCUGUGGAGUGCUGCCAAGGGGACUGGUGUAACAGGAACAUCACGGCCCAGCUGCCUACUAAAGGGAAAUCUUUUCCUGGAACACAGAAUUUCCACUUGGAGGUUGGCCUCAUCAUUUUGUCUGUAGUGUUCGCAGUAUGCCUUCUAGCCUGCCUAUUGGGAGUUGCUCUCCGAAAAUUUAAAAGGCGCAAUCAAGAACGCCUCAACCCCAGAGAUGUGGAAUAUGGCACCAUUGAAGGGCUCAUCACCACCAACGUUGGAGACAGCACUUUAGCAGAUUUAUUGGAUCAUUCGUGUACAUCGGGAAGCGGCUCUGGUCUUCCUUUUCUGGUACAGAGGACAGUGGCCCGUCAGAUUACACUGCUGGAGUGUGUUGGGAAGGGCAGGUAUGGUGAGGUGUGGAGGGGCAGUUGGCAAGGGGAAAACGUCGCUGUGAAGAUCUUUUCCUCCCGGGAUGAGAAGUCGUGGUUUAGGGAAACAGAAUUGUACAACACUGUGAUGCUGAGGCAUGAAAAUAUCUUAGGUUUCAUUGCUUCAGACAUGACAUCAAGACACUCCAGUACACAGUUGUGGUUAAUCACACAUUAUCAUGAAAUGGGAUCGCUUUACGACUACCUUCAGCUUACUACUCUGGAUACCGUGAGCUGCCUGAGAAUAGUGCUGUCCAUAGCUAGUGGUCUCGCACAUUUGCACAUAGAGAUCUUUGGGACCCAAGGGAAACCAGCCAUUGCUCACCGAGACUUAAAAAGCAAAAACAUCCUGGUUAAGAAGAAUGGACAGUGUUGCAUAGCAGAUUUGGGUCUGGCAGUCAUGCAUUCCCAGAGCACCAAUCAGCUCGAUGUGGGGAACAACCCCCGUGUGGGCACCAAACGCUACAUGGCCCCUGAAGUUCUCGAUGAAACUAUCCAGGUGGAUUGUUUUGAUUCUUACAAGAGAGUCGAUAUUUGGGCCUUUGGACUUGUCUUGUGGGAGGUGGCCAGGCGGAUGGUGAGCAAUGGUAUUGUGGAGGAUUACAAGCCACCAUUCUAUGAUGUGGUUCCCAAUGACCCAAGUUUUGAAGAUAUGAGGAAGGUAGUCUGUGUGGAUCAACAGAGGCCUAACAUACCCAACAGAUGGUUCUCAGACCCGACAUUAACUUCCCUGGCCAAGCUGAUGAAAGAAUGCUGGUAUCAAAAUCCAUCUGCCAGACUCACAGCCCUGCGUAUCAAAAAGACUUUGACCAAAAUCGAUAAUUCCCUAGACAAAUUGAAAACUGACUGUUGACAUUUUCACGGUGUCAAGAAGGAAGAUCUGACAUUGUUGUUGUUGUCCAGCUGGGACCUAUUGCUGGCCUGACUGGUUAUCAGAACAGAAUCCAUCUGUCUCCCUCCCCAAAUGGCUGCUUUGACAAGGCAGACAUCUUACCCGGCUGUGUGCUGGGGAAGACACCAAAACCACCCUAACCUCGCUCAAUGACUGUGACCUGGGCAUUUCACAAACUGUUCACACUGCAGAGACUUACCGUUGGACAGACAAUGUUGCAAAUGUAGGGAACUGGAGGAACACAGAGAAAUCCUAAAAGAGAUCUGGGCAUUAAGACAGUGGCUUUGCAUAUCUUCACAGGUCUCCUAGACACUCCCCACGGGAAACUCAAGGAGGUGGUGAAUUUUUAAUCAGCAAUAUUGCCUGUGCUUCUCUUCUUUAUUGCACUAGGAAUUCUUUGCAUUCCUUACUUGCACUGUUACUCUUAAUUUUAAAGACCCAACUUGCCAAAAUGUUGGCUGUGUACUCCACUGGUCUGUCUUUGGAUAAUAGGAAUUCAAUUUGGCAAAACAAAAUGUAAUGUCAGACUUUGCUGCAUUUUACACGUGCUGAUGUUUACAAUGAUGCUGAACAUUAGGAAUUGUUUAUACACAACUUUGCAAAUUAUUUAUUACUUGUGCAGGUAGCAGUUUUUACAAAACUGCUGCAUGCAUAUGUUAAAGCUUAUUUUUAUGUGGUCUUAUGAUUUUAUUACCAAAAUGUUUUUAACACUAUACUCUGAAAUGGACAUUUUCUUUUAUUAUCUGUUAAAUUCACAUUUUAAGUGCUUCACAUUUAUAUGUGUGUAGACUGUAACUUUUUUUCAGUUCAUAUGCAGAACGUAUUUAGCCCAUUACCCACGUGACACCACCGAAUAUAUUACUGAUUUAGAAGCAAAGAUUUCAGUAGAAUUUUAGUCCUGAACGCUGUGGGGAAAAUGCAUUUUCUUCGGAAUUAUCCAUUAUGUGCAUUUAAACUCUGCCAGAAAAAAAAUAACUAUUUUGUUUUAAUCUACUUUUUGUAUUUAGUAGUUAUUUGUAUAAAUUAAAUAAAAUGUUUUCAAGUCAAA